UUUAUGCGACUUUCUGUGAAUGUGUUGUACUUUGUAGAGCCACUCCUCGGUAUGGAAAGUCAUGCAAUCACCAUCUACAUCCGAAAGAUCAGCACUCGUCUCUGUUACCAGUAGUAGUUUGAACGCGAAAUCCAACAGCUUGCGAUACACCAAGAAGCGAAAGUACUCCGAUCUCGAAUCCAGAGAAGCCCACACAGAGAUCCUCACAGCGACGGUCCUACCGGCCAGAUCUCAGUCAUGGGACCUUGAACGUGUGACGCUCCUAGCCAGAGCCUUCCUGCCGUUAUCAUGGCUCGACACGUCCCAACCUGCGACCGUCAUUGUCUUUGAGACAACCACUUCUUUUGUGCAAAAGUGGAACCAGGGAGCUCUGAUCGCUAGAGGGAAGCCCAAUGAUGGGCUCUAUGCAAUUGAAAGAGCCGGCUCCGAACAUUUCGUCGCACUGGCAUUGCAGAAUUGGGUGUCAGAAGAAUACUGCAAAGAUGCCGCGUUGGGGAAUGUGGCAGAGAUAAGACUCGAGAAUUUGCUUGGUAAAGAUAAUGUGGCUCAACAGACACACAGGAGAAGUGCUUCGGGGUCGAGUUUUACGGCAUUACCAACACCGAAAAGCCCAAGGCGGCCGACGAACCGACGAGGAGCUCUUGCACGAAUGUCCAUUCUGACACAGAAAGACACAAAGAUCCCGGAAUCUGUAUUCCAAUCGUCCAGCUCACCUACCUUCAUUCAGCAACCAGUCUCGGCACCAUGCGCCUCCUCCUCGGACGCAGCAUUGCCUAUCACUCCCGCAGCACGCCCAGAGACGGUCAAUCCAUUUGAGCAGUCAGAAGGCGCGGCUGAAGACGUUUCGAUAUCUCAGCAAGCUCAGCUGCUCCCACACGCCGUGACUGUCGAGAACCCCUGUGCUUCUGAGCGUCUUCGUGGUCAGUAUUUGGAACACCUAUACACAUCCAAGACAUCUUUGGCCUUCUACGUCAAAGGCCCAUUGAGUCGUGCACGCGCACAUGUGAGGUCAUCCGACAAUCCGUCAACACUUAUAUCAGAACUCUUGGAAUUUUACGGACAGGCCAUCCUGCCAGCAAAGAAGAUAGACACAAAAUACAAAGAAUCACUACCCAAGGUUCUCGAGGAACUGCCACUCGAAGAUACCGAGCCAUCGAAGAAGAAAUCGCGAAAGAAGAAAACAAAGCUAGGCAAGGACUGUCUUUGGCCAGAAGAAGAUGACUAUGUCGGUAGAUGGUGGCGUUCACGGGAUCUCAGAUCCAUCUCCAGCUCUAGCGACCGCCAAACCGAGAUCCGCCGGGAGCUGGCAGACCUUCGAAUGAGGGAGACCAAGAUGCAGUUGCUACUGAUUCUCGAGUACAUGCUACUUGAAAUGGCAGCGUCGAAGCUGUCCGAGAAACCCGCCCACACAGACCCUGACGUCAAGGUCGAGUCAGUCGAAGACGAUGGUCCUUCCAUCCUUGCCAAAACUCCACAAAAAUUCAGCAAAAAGAAGAAGCGCGAUAUCGUCAGCGAGCUCGAUACGAUUGUAGAGCGGCUAUGUAUCUGGCAUUCUGUAAACCUGAGUGAGGGCACUGAAUCCGAGACCGCGCCAAAAGACCACGCGCCCCAGCCUGGUGACAGUCUUCGGGAGUUUUGUAAAGAUGUGCUUUGGCCAUUCUAUUCAGCAAAGCUGCCUGAUCAGAUGAAGGCCGUGUCACGAAAACUCUCGGGCUUGGAACCUUCACCGAAACGACCUACACAAACGUCUAAAGGAUCUCACAAAACUACAGCUCCUGCUUCUCUGCCCAAGUCUAGACCGGGAGAACCACUCGUGAAACGCACGCUUCAACGUGUGUUGAGUGAAGACCAUCUAGGUCGACACGCCUCGCCACCAACACUCUCACGCUCGUCGACAGGGCCUACAAAGCCUUCGAUCCCGACCCUGAAACGUGAGCCCUCGGAACGGCCGAUGUCCAGGGGCGGCAUGCUUUCCAAGUCGGUCAGUUUCAGCAACCGAGAAAUCGACCUCGUCGCCGACUCCAAGAUCCACGACGCCAAACGUCGUAAGCUCGACAAACUCGCACAGCAGAAACAGGAACUCGAAGCCGCCAUCGACGCUCUGAAAAGGCCUAGUAGGUCUGCAGUCGCGGCGGCUUUCAUGGACGAGGUCGAGAAACGGCAACAGGAGAAGACGGUGCAGAUCUCGGCGACUCCUCGAGCAAGACGCACUAGGGACCAAGGAGACUUCUUCUUGGAACCCGAACUUCCGCCUAUGCCGACGCAGGUGCGUCAGGAAGAGACGUCGGUCAUUCCAUCGUCGACGCGAAAACCACUGGCUACAGCACCUGGUGGUGGCAUUAGACCGGGUUCGAGUGGCAGUGUUGUUCGAUCGUCGGGAACGAAAAGGGCUGUUUUGUCUGCGAUACACGAGACGCCAUCUCGAGCUAAGGAAAGGAAAAGGUCGGAUCCAUCGGUUUUGUCGAGGAUCUGCGACGAUUUCUUCGACCAGGACGACGACGAUGAUGAGCGCGAGAGGGAUGAAGAAGCGAUGGGAGUAGCUGUACUGUCUCGGUCGGCGCGUCCUUCUGCCAACUGUUACGACGGCACAUCAGACCCGCCCAUGAUCGAACCUCGGUCAGAUUUGGGUAUGUCGUCUUCGCAGAUGAGUAGCUCGCGAAGGGAUGAGCUGCGCAUGACUCGCUCGCAGCGUCCUGUACUGUUUACACCCCUCAGAAAAUCCGAUGUGCGCAUCGAGCAUGCGUUCCGUGAUGCGCCCGAGAUCCCUCGACAGGCAGGUCUGAUGAUGAACCGUGUCAUGGGCGGGCAUGGUCGAGCGCUGGACUUUGGAUUUGUUGGCCAGCAGGAGGGGGUAGAACAUGUCGCAGGGAACUCUUCACCUAUUUGGUCUCGGGACGCGGAGAAGCAGAAGGAGGAGGCCACUACUGUCCGGCGCGUUGCCGAGAACGAAGACGAAGAUAUAUAUGAUCAACUCGGCUGGAACGAUGACUUUGACCUGUGA